AUGACUGACACAACUGUUCAUUUUCCAAAUCUUAACAACUCCAACUAUGCCGAGUGGUCUGUUCGGAUGGAAGCCAUCCUCGUCCGGUGGGGCCUGUGGCCCAUGGUCAAGAUUCCAAUCUCAGGGACUUUGGAGCAUGUCCAUCGUGCAGCUGGCUUUGCGACAAGCUUGGCCCUUUGGCAACACUUCUUAACUGCAAAGAAGGUGGCUGGACAGUCGAUGCAGGCCUGGAUUGGUCAUAUUCAGGGCCUUGCAUUUCGUAUGGAGCAGUCUGGAGUUGAAGUCAGUGACCAAGACAAGAUACUGGCACUUACCAUGGGACUUCCCCCCUCAUAUGACCCUGUCAUCAUCAACUUCGAUGCAACCCUUUCCAAGUUGCUCACCCUGAACAACAUUAUCGCACACCUACUGAACGAGGAGGUGCGACAAUCUGGUGACUCAAACAUUGCGAAGGACCCAGAGGAUGAAGUGAUGGCAGUUACAAGUGGCAAGGGUCAUGGAGCGCGGAACACUGCAGGAGCUGAUGUCACCUACUUGAAAUUAGAAAACCUCGCGCGUUUGCGAGGGUCCCUAUUCAACCCGAGUGCUCACGACAACCUGAGCAUUUCAACACAACAAUGGUGCGACGCCAACACAGGACAGCAACAACUCAACAACAAUACAGAACUACCAGGUGACUACAACACAGGACAUGGAUGUGCCACAUCAUCCCAGAUGGUGACAACACAUACCAUCAUCACUGUCCACACUAGACAGGUGGCGGUUGUAGCAGGUGUUCUAUGUACCAGACUUAUUUUAUAG